AUGGAAGACAAAUUCAACGGAAGGUCUAACUAUCCGUAUGUGUUCCUGAAUGACGAGCCCUUUGAAGAGAACUUUAUGAGCAUGCCUUGGUCAAUGACCGAAGGCGGCUUCUUCUACGAGCGCUGGGGAGAUUCCCCGGUGCACUCGAUUUCCGCUGCCAUGUUCCUGCAGAAGGAGGAGGUCCACUGGUUCGAGGACAUCGGAUACCUGCAUCCUGGAUGGCAGCACUGUCCCAGUGGCGACGCAUGGCUCAAGAACCGCCGCACCUGCGACCCCAAUGACGAUGGAUCUAGCGAUACCAUUACAAAAGGCUAUUGAGGAAAGUGCACACGCGAGUGGCGGCUGCUGCCAGAUACGCCCCAAGAAAUCCACUGUGCAAUCAUAUAGAAAGC